CUCAUUCGUCGUAACCCUGCCCUGGGCAUCACCUACCUGACAGAACAGUGGUACCUCCUGCACAAUUUCACACCACCCCUAGACCGCAGGACGGACUCACUGACCGCCUUGGCCUCCAUCAAUGUGGCCAAAAACCGUUUCCCGAACAUUCUCGAUCUCCUGCCGCCAGAUCGCUUCCGUCCAAGACUCCCGCCCAACUACCAUUCACUGGACCUGCCCGCAGAUUACAUCAACGCCGUCUACCUGGAUACAGUGGGCCUGCGAGAUGACCUUAUCCUCACACAGACGCCUCUGCGCAGUACUGUCCUCGAUUUCUGGCGGAUGGUGUUCGAGGAGCGGGUGCGUAUGCAGCCAGUUUAUCCUCAUCAGCUCUCCUUGUUUUUUUUUUAA